CUGGGGGAGCGGCUCCCGCCGGGCCCGGGGCGGGGACAGGGCCUCCUCCGCGCGCCCCGGCCUCCCGGAGGAAUUCCCUCGGGCUCCCAGCCCCGGCCGCAGUGCGGCGCCGCCCGAGCCACCGCGGGGAUGCGGACCGCUUGGCGGGUUAUUUCAGUAUCUUCCUUAACAACGGAGAAGGGUGGCCUCGGAGCUUGUGUUUACUCUGCGCCCUGGAUGCUGCUAAAUCUUGCCAACCAUCCUUCAGAGGAGGAAUGCUUCUGUGAUUUUACAAAUAAGGAGAACAAGCAGAGAGGUUAAUUUUUCCAAGUCCAUGCGACUACGCGCCAUGGGAUCAGGAUUUGCUCCUAGAAACUCAGGGGAAGAGGCAUGGAUAGGAGCAGUUACCUGCCAGGGGUCCAGCCGCCAGGUGUUCAGGAGGCUCUUCUGUCAACUGUCUACCUGUGGACUGAUUUGGCUCUUGGCAACAGUGAUGCUAUGCAGGGCGCAAGUGGUGACCCAAGACGAAAAAAGGCUGCUGAAUACACCUGCUUCCUUAAGAUGCUCUCUGCAAAAUCCCGAGGAAGUCUUGAUAGUGACAUGGCAAAAAGUCAAACCUGUGAGCCUGGAAAACAUGGUCACCUUCAGCAAGAACCAUGGGGUCGUGGUCCAGCCUGCCUACAAGGACAAGAUAAAUGUCACCCAGCUGGAGCUCAAGAACUCAACCAUUACCUUCUGGAAUACCACCCUGGAGGAUGAAGGGUGUUACAAGUGCCUCUUCAACACUUUUGGUUCUGGGAAGAUCUCAGGAACAGCCUGCCUCACCCUCUCUGUACAGCCCACAGUGUUUCUUCACUACAACUUCUUCGAAGACCAGCUAAAUAUCACGUGUUUUGCCAAUGCCCGCCCAGCACCUGUGAUCUCUUGGAAGGUCGCUGGGUCAGGGAUUGAAAACAGUACUGAGGUUCUCUUGCACCCCAAUGGGACCACAUCAGUCACAAGCGUCCUCCACGUCAAAGACCCCAAGAGACAAGUGGGGAAGGAAGUGGUUUGCCAGGUUCUGCACCUGGGGACAGUGACCAGCCUCAGGCAGACUGUGGAUAAAGGCUUUUGGUUUUCUGUUCCGCUGUUGUUAAGUAUUGUUUCCCUGGUAAUUCUUCUGGUCUUAAUCUCAAUCUUAUUAUAUUGGAAACGUCGUCGGAACCAGGACAGAGAGCCCUAGAGGAAUCACACCCUGAAAGUUUUCAGAACCCAGAAAGUUAUGCCCUGGUCUACUUGAAUCUGACUCAGGAGGAAGGCAGGAGGAAAAGGGUCUUCUCUAAGGGACCUAAAGAACAGAAGAGGUAGGGGUAAAAGACUUAAGAAUUUCAAGAUUUUCUACUGCCAUCUAAGCUACCCAGCGCUUCUGGGAGUUCCAAAAGGAAGUCAUUUUACCUCUCAAGUCUGUUGUAGGACUUGAUUAUGUGAAGCAAUGCAGCGUUGUACUGUCGAAAGGAUACUGGAUUUUGAAUCAGUAGCCACAACUCAGAGGCUGACUCAGGCUCUACCUGAUGGCAGCCCUUUGUUCAUCGUUGUAGCUCAAUGAGCUUCACAGCUGCAUCCAGAAAAUUAGAAAUCUGGACCUGAUAGUUUGCCAUUCUGCUCUAAAAAUUGAUGUAACACCAGGAGAAAAAGAAAUAAAGAAAUGGAAAAAAAAAAAAAGAACGGAGAACACAGGAAGGUGUUAAGGACCAGAGAACUUUUCUGAAACCACCUUUUACCUUUCUGUUGCUGUUCCAUCUAUUCUUCCAUAUUGUUCUUAGGUCCAGGAGUCUUGUUUCCUCAUCACCUGGUGAGGGUAGUCACUCUAUGAGGUAACUCAUUGCCUGGUUAGUAACAGGUCUUUCUAGAACCCUUGGUUUCACUGCUGUUCUUCAUGUUCUUCUGUGAUGUUGACCACAAUGACUAUGGAACUGAAUUCAUUACUUACUAGUCAGAAUAACGCUGACAACCUUUUUUUUAAUUUUUUUUAAUUUUUAUUUAUUUAUGAUAGUCACAGAGAGAGAAAGAGAGAGAGGCAGAGACACAGGCAGAAGGAGAAGCAGGCUCCAUGCACCGGGAGCUGGAUGUGGGAUUCAAUCCCGGGUCUCCAGGAUCGCGCCCUGGGCCAAAGGCAGGCACCAAACCCCUGCGCCACCCAGGGAUCCCUAACGCUGACAACCUUAACUUGACUUAUCUACUUAUAUAGAAGAAGAAGUAUUCUUGGUCCAGCAGUUCACAUUUUUAAAAAAGCAUUUCCUGUUCCAUUUGACUUAUAAUAUGAUGGAGUUCUAUAUUAGUCAUUGUGAACUCAAUUUAGUAUAAUGAAAAUAUAUAAUAAAACAAAAACAAGCAUUUAGGAAGUUUCCUGAAUAACAGUCCAUUCAAAUGCUUUUCCCUCUUAGCUUCUUUUCCCAUGAGUUAACUUCUCAUAAUAGCAGAGAAAAUAUGUAUGGGUUUACAAAUGCCUUUGUCCUAAAUAUAUUGUUCUAACUAGUGAAACAAUUUUGAACUCUUUUUUUUUUUUUUUUUUUUUUACAAUUUUGAACUCUUAAUCACAAGACCAAAUUAGUGACUUUUUCAGUACCUUUUGUCUCUACUCAGUGACCUAGGAACUAAAACGCAAGUUGUGUUCACUGUUGAACUGAAUAUUUGUAUAUUUAGUAAGCUUUUCGUAUGUUAUUUAAUUCUGUAUUAUUAUAUUUGUAUUAAGAUACUGACUGAUUAUAAAUGUCAAAUCUAAAUA